CAACAUCCUGGAGAAAAGCAACGUGGUUUUGCCUUUUAUAUAAAGGGCUGCACUUUACCUCGGGUUUUCAUGGCUGUAAAUUCAACAUCACCAUCAGUUUGUGAUCGCUUGUUUGAAGAUAAAUUAUUUUUAUUCUUCCUAUCAUUCCUCUUUCCUUUUUUUUUUUUUUAAGUUUUAUAAAUCCUGGUUUCUCACUGUGCGUGUCUCAUUUUUAACCCAGAUGCUGCUUGAUCUGUUAAAAUUGCUCUUGAGAGGAGCCGAUACGUCAGCGACCACCCACUAAACGACCAUCACCCUUUUACCAGGCACCUUUCUGAAGAGCGCAGCAUGACAGAGCUCCACGAAGCUGUGGCCUUGGGGGACUAUGACUUGGUGGAUGAGAUUUUGAGGACAGGGCGCUGUGACCCAAAUCACAAGGAUGUGGACUGGCAUGACAGGACCCCGCUGCACUGGGCUGCGGCAAAAGGGCAAUCAGAGCUGGUGAGGCUCCUCGUGGACCACGGCGCCCGGCAUUGCCUGCGGAGCGACGUGGGCUGGACGCCGGCUCACUUUGCUGCGGAGUCGGGGAGACUGGGGGUUCUUCGCACCCUCCAUUCCCUGCACGCUGCCAUGGACGCGGCCGACCUCUUCGGAGACACUCCCAGGAGGCUUGCGGAGAUCUACGGGCACCAGGACUGCUCCAGGUUCUUAGAAACAGCAGAGGUGGAGAGCAGGAACUACCGCAGGACAGCCGCAGCGAAAGGAAUCCCCUUAGACCAGCGGGAUGAAGACUGGGAACUCAAGAAAGAAGAGCUUGAGAGAAAUCCACCAUGUUCUUGGGAAAAAUACACACCCUCUGCUCGAAAGAAAAAUAAAAAAAGAGGGAGGAAGCAGUAGUGUGCCCGGAGUAUUUGGUGCCACUGAGAACUCGCAAUGCAGAGCAAAGACACUGGCAGACCUCGGGUGCAUCUGCAGGGUGAAAUAUGGACGCCCAGGAGAAGCAGAUAGACACACGAAGGCAUUUUGUGAUGUACUGGAAAUAUUGUCAUUAAUCGGGAGCAGGUAGAAAUGCUUCUGUCUGUCUGCAUGUCUAUGCGUAAUCAGAUCUCAAAUAUCAGAAAACUGCAAAAGUAGUUUAAAUAUGCUAAUGAUCUAAUUCACUGAAAUGUAUAAAUUUACAAAAAUGACAUCAAUUACCCAUAUGAUCUGAGAAGGAAAUGGUUUUGCACCUAAUUGAUUCAUGAAAGCAUCCAGGACCGUGGUUCUGUUCACUCUGGUGACGUCUGUGGCUUUUUCUUGUCUGCUUCUGGUCCUGAGCCAACCAGGGGGCUCUAUAGAGGUUUGUAGCCUCUGGUGGUGCCUCUCUCUUUUCGUCGGGACUGGGGUGUAGUGGCUUCUUCUGGCUGAACGGGAAAUGUUGAUGUUGACCUUUUACUGGACACAUGGGUCUAAACAGCCUGUAUCUACCACUCCUGGCCCAGCAGAAGGAAAAACGUGCUCCCUCGUUGCUGCUUUCAGACAUCUGUGACUGCCAAGACAGACAGAGCACUGCCUUAUUUUUAGCAGUGCCCCCAGUCACUUCUAUGUCUAUGCUCAUUGGAAUGUUGUGGAACUGGUCCUGAGAGAUCCCUCUGCUCAUCAAUCCCAUCUGCUUUCCAUGGCAAAAGCAUUUUUAACUCUUUCACUUCUCAACCAUAAAAAAAUUGAACUUGACCCAAAGCAGUUUUCCAUACCAUGCCAGCAUUGAGCACACACCCAUAUUGCCUUCUGACAUCUUUUAUGUGUCUCCCUCCUUUCCCCUCUGCUUCCCCUCCACCACCCAAACCUGGUUCUUCUGGAGUACCUUGAUUACAGGUGUCCUUCACAACCAGCCACAACACUCAGUCAUUGCAAUCGCAACCAACAAAGCUUUGACCCAUCUCCCUCUUCUAGGUUUCCAGGGACUAAUUCAGCUGUCUACACAGAGGUGUCUAAUGCCACCUGAGAUGCUCUCAAGUACCCAGGCUGACCCUUGCAGGCAUCCAGAAGAUACUGUACUGUAGCUCCCAACACUGUGCAGAUGUCUCACAUACCAUACAACUUCUCAGGUGACUCGAAAUGCCCGUGGUCAGAAACGAGUCAAGCUUCAGCUUUGUCUUUAGUCAUUUGCACUUUCCAAGCCAUAUGAAAAGGCAACACCAUUCACAGUUGGCCUGGAUUAGUGACAGUUCAGGUGGAGACAUUUGUGGGACAUA